GCAGGCUAGCUGGCUAACUGUAGCUAACGGCAGCUAUGGUCCAGUACCAUUAUCUCAGCUGUGAAAUAAACCACGUCUUGGCAUGACCUGGCUAACUAAGAAUGAACACUAAGAGUAUGGGGACUGCUUGGAUUUUAAACACUGACUUGAACGGCAAUAGUGCAACGAAGCGAGGUAAGAGUGAGGGGCUUGCGUCACUGAUGCCAGGUGCAGGCUGUAGCUGAGAGCACUCAGGAUGAGUGGGGCUGGAGAGCACACAGACAUCCUGUCAGUGGCAGACUUGGUCAGAGAUAGAUGGAAAGUGAUGAGGAAGAUCGGAGGAGGUGGUUUUGGAGAAAUCUACGAGGUUUUGGAUCAGUUGAGCCAGGCCACUGUUGCCUUAAAAGUGGAGUCUGCUCAACAACCCAAACAGGUGUUGAAGAUGGAGGUGGCUGUGCUGAAGAAGCUUCAGGGCAAAGACCAUGUUUGCCGCUUCGUGGGUUGUGGUCGUAAUGACCGUUUCAACUAUGUGGUGAUGGAACUCCAAGGGAGGAAUCUGGCAGAUCUGCGCAGAACAAUGACCCGAGCCACCUUUUCUAUCUCUACAACUUUGAGACUUGGCAAGCAGAUUUUGGAGGCCAUUGAAAGCAUCCACUCUGUAGGCUUUCUGCAUCGGGAUAUUAAACCUUCUAACUUUGCAAUGGGGAGACUGGCGAGUACCUGCAGAUGCUGCUACAUGCUUGAUUUCGGCUUGGCUCGCCAGUUUACAAACUCCAGCCAGGAAGUCCGUCCACCUCGUCCUGUGGCAGGCUUCAGAGGAACUGUGCGAUAUGCUUCAAUCAAUGCUCAUAAGAAUAAGGAAAUGGGCCGCCAUGAUGACCUGUGGUCCCUCUUCUACAUGCUUGUUGAGUUCACUGUUGGUCAGCUUCCCUGGAGGAAAAUUAAAGACAAAGAACAAGUAGGAAAUCUAAAAGAGACGUAUGACCAUCGACUAAUGCUCAAGCACCUUCCUUCAGAGUUCAGUACAUUCCUGGAUCACAUCCUGACCUUGGACUACUUCACAAAGCCUGACUAUCAGCUCCUGAUGUCAGUGUUUGAGAGUGCCAUGAAGAGCCACAGUGUGCUGGAGAACGACCCAUACGACUGGGAGAAAUGUGAUUCAGAGGAUAUACUGACCAUCACUGCCGCAGCAACCACUGCUCAGCAGCUCACCCGCCUCACUCCUGCCUACUUGGGCAUGGCUAACGCUUCGGUGCUGCCGGGUGAGCUGCAGAGAGAGAACACAGAGGAUGUCCUGCAAGGGGAGCGCCUCAGUGAUGCAGACAACUGCCCCCCUAUCCCCACACCGACCACCCCAGGUGGAGACGUGUGGGAAGAGAUGGACCGCAACCGAAACCAUAAACACGCCCAACCGAUGAUUAGGAAGGUGGUGAGUGAGGAUGAACACAGUCAGAACCAGGGGAACCAGAGUCCAAACACCGGCUCCAUGCAGAGUUCUCCUAGGCGGGUGCGGUCAGAGACAAUGUUCUUGGAGCGAGCUGCACCUCUGCUCCGGAGGAUGAGACACAGUCAGAGCCUAGCGUUUGAAAAGAGGCUAGCACCUGAACCCAAACCAACCAUUGAGCGCUUCCUUGAGGCCUAUUUGGGCAAACAGCGUCCACUCCUUCCUCAUGUUGGGGAGAAAUCCAUUCCUGAGCGGUUGCAGUCAACCUCCUGCAAUGAGGAACACUCUGGCACCGCCACCCCUGACCCAGAGGAGGGUGCCGCGAGCAGUGGCUUUGUGGCUGUGAACCUUAGUCCUGUUCCCCAGGAGGGAGACUCUCAGGAGUGGGUGAUGCUGGAGCUAGAGCAAGGUAGCGGUUCAGGAGGCACCAAACCUCCAGGUGAUGACAAACCUGGGACGCAGACACCCGCCGAGACUGAGAACCAGUCCUCUGAGCCGCAGGAUGGUCAGUCAACAGGAGUGCCGAGCAGCCCCGUCCUCUCACAGAUGGCAAUGCCCGGUACAUGGUUACUGGGUCACAGGAGACUGCCGGGGAUGCUGGGACAAAUGCCCUCAGUCAUUAUGGGUCGACCUCAGAUGGACCAGUCCUCCAGCUAUGGGCCACAGUCACCUAUACAGGAGAAAAGUGAUGCGAUACCACUGGAGGCGCCGUGUGGGAAAUCAGACAAACUUUCCGAGGAACCCUUACAAGAUGUAGAAAGACUGGUGUUAGCUCCGGUGCCAAGCUCAGCCAAAGGCCCCACUACUCACCUGACAACCGACAGAGACCCAGAGAGCGAUUCUGGUCUGCCCGAUCGAUCCUCUGAGCCCAAUCAGCAGCCUCAAGCCGACACAGCAGGAGGCGCUGUAGAGAGCACUGUCUCCUCCUCCCCACCACCAGCUCUGCUCAGAAGAAGAGACUCUCCCCUGUCCCCGAGACUGAGUCGAAUCCCAGUACGAGAUCCCAGUGCCCCCCUGGACUCUCCGAGCAGGGAACUCAACAUGGAGAGGCGCCACCGCUGGAGCAGUCCGGUCCCUGGCUCCCCAACCCACUCACCCUCUCCCUCUCUGUCCUGUGACAACCUCCCUGGUGCUUUUCCAAAAGACAGACUCUCUUCUGAGCGAGGUUCCAGGUCUGACUGUGCCGGAGAAGACCCUCUGUCACUCUCCUCUUCAUCAGGGAGUAAAAGUAAGAUCCCACGUCCUGUGAGUGCCACCUUUGUACCGGAGCAGCUCACAGGCAGGUUUCUGCCCCGACCACCUCCUGGAAAACCACCCAUCCGCCCGUGUGUGGACAACAGACGGCGGCGGUUAAGAGUGCGUGCGAGCAGCACCAGUGACGCAGACUUCCUGGCCAGUCUUACUCAGCUCAUGCAGGACCGCAGCGGGAUGCUCUUCAGCCCUCCUCCUCGCCCUCGCAGCUCCUCCUCCUCCCUGCAGCGCUCGCUAAGCUCCUCCCCAUCCCGACAGGAGAUGCGCGAAGGUGGGGCGCUGCAGGGACGCAGCCGCUCUCCGUCCAGUUUCUCUGGUUCGCCUCCUGCCCGGCACGCCUACCCACAAGAACGCUCCGCAGGGCAGUGGGGUCACAGCUCCAGGGGAAGAGGUCUGAUCCACGAGGGGAAAGGAUUGGGCAAAGUGAAUCGAUGACUGAAUUUACAUGAGUGACUGAUUCAGAUGGUGCAACUGUAGCCAGAGACUGUGUCACAUCCAGUCCCUGAUAGCAUGUGUAAAUACAGUAUUUACUCAAGGGAAUGUACUGUAUGUAAUGUAAAAUGUAUGAUAAAUUGUAUGUAUUUAUUUAUUUAUUUAUUCAUUGGAUGUGUCUCUAAGAACACUUGAUGAUGUGGUCGAUGCGUGCAGUUGAAAGAAGGUUGAGUAGAUUGCCAACUCUUUACCUCUCAUGAUUUUCACUCCUCUCUUAAUGCUCCAUGUAGGCCUAAUAUGAGACCAAAAAGAUCAUAUUUAAUACUUGAGGGAUGUAAAAAAUUAUGCUAAUUGUAGAUAUGUACCAUUAGAGAAAUGGUGAACACUAAUAGAUACUAGUACUCACGUUAGGGACACUAAUAGUAAAUAACAAGCAGUAUACCAAGCUCAGCAUUCAUGAACAGAAGCAGGGCAUGCAGCCCCAUCUAUGACCUCACUCCUGUUAAACUGCUAGAUUAAUUCUUCUAUGUGACAAAUGCUCAUUAUUGAAUUGCUCAUAUCACAGUGUAGUAGUGUGCUUUUACGUUGCUAGAAAAGUAUUUUUCAUGCAAAAAGGCGUCGGCAUAUUAGAAUGUACAUGUAAGUGCACUCAUACUUGAGUAUUGUAAAAGUGCAUGAGAUUCAUUUCAAUUGUUUUUUAUUCAUUUGUACAAUCAUCUAAGACAUCUGUAUUUUUAUUGAGCAGCUUCUGAUCAAAGUACAUCCUAAUGUAGACCAGCAUCAAUGUGCAUUUUCUGUUUCUUGCAUCAUAAGAAAGAGAAAAGUGACAAAAUUGUUACAUUGUUUUCAUCAUGGCUUUUUGUUUUUGCAUUCUGUUCUCAGUGCAAUCAAAAUACUUAUUAAAAUAAUUGAAUUAAA